UUUGAUUUAAAAAUCUCCUCGAGUUCACCUCGCUUCAACUAAUGAGCAAAGAAACAAAACUGAAACUGUGUGUAAUUCUUUAAUUUACGUCUGCGUUCAAUAUAAUCGCACACAAGUAUAUUAUUUUAGUCGUAAUAUCUAUAAAAACGAGAUAAAUUCAAGCGGUUAUAAGUGCAAAACUGUAAAAUAUGUAUUAAUAUGUUCACGUAUUAAGGAAACACGAAGGAAUUUAAUGAUUUUCAGCAGUUGAUAUAUGAACCUUAAAAUUUUUUAAGUAUUGUUUUUGGAAAUAUGAUCUUCUUAUUGGGUAUUUACAUCUUGACAGCGUUGACAUCAAGUACGCUGGCACAGUAUGACUAUACAUUAAAACGCGGAGGUUACAAUUAUUUCCCACCAGAAGUGCCUUUUACCGAAGCACCACCACCCAAGUCUUCAAAUUUACAAGUAUCUACCUCUGCACCAACAUUUUUGGACAAAACUUCAACUCCGACUCUGGGAUAUAUAUAUACAAAACCAAAUGUGUCAUUCACUCUGCCUACAACAAUCAAGAUCAGUACUACUUCAAAGCCUCCAUCAUACUCCAGCGAAUUAUCUACACUUGUUCCAAAUUCGAUAGGAUAUGAAUACGCACUUCCGGCUAUUUCAUUUACCUACCCGGCAAUUAAUUCCAAAAGUAAUCUAACAACGUUUUCAUCGCUAUUACCAAAAACAAACAGUUCCUCUUCUCCAAGACCGCCGUCACUGCUUUCUUUAAUUCCAACCUUUAAAACAAAAGGAUCAGUAUUAAAGCCACCUCCCUCUCAAACAAAGUCUUCGGGAUACACAUACCCACAUCCUGUUAUUCCAUUUAUAAUUCCGAAAGAAGAGGAUUCACAUCCCUCGGAGGAUCCAAGCAUAUCGUCAAUACCAUCAACAAAUGCAACCUAUUCUCCAAAAACAAAUGGAUACACCUAUACGCCACCUUCUGUUUUAUUUACAAUUCCACCAAGAAUUAUAAAAGAUAAACGAACAGAACUACCAAAAUUUAAAGGAUAUUUCUAUCCUAAGCCCAAAGUGUCUUUAACCCCACCAAACAUAUUUCCGAAGUCAAAAGACAUUCUUAAGAGAAAACAAGGAAUUAUCCUUAAAACUCAAAUUAAGGCGUAUACUGAGGUAUCAACUGAUCGUUCGGCUAGUACAACAUCACCAACACCAUCGACAGGCUACUCGUAUUCACGGCCGGAAGUGCCGUUUACAUUACCACCCAAAUACUCGACUAAUCAACCAUCUGAAGUGCAGGUAACAAAACCAACGAGCUCCUCUUCUAAAUCAAUAAGUUCUCCAGAAACAUCACCUCUUAAACAAUCUAAUGGAUAUGUUUACACACGACCUGAUACCCCUUUUAAGAAUCCACCUGAUAUUACUUUUACUAUUCCUUCAAGUACCACAGAUACUAAUCAUUCACCGUCAAAGAUGUUAGGAUAUUCGUACAAACCGCCUAAAGUUCCAUUUACAACACCACAAGAAACGUCAACAACGCACCCACCACCAUCUUCCAUAUUAUUAAAAUCACAGAAACAAACUAAACCUGUCGUUAAUUCUAAUUAUCUGGGACCUCCUGAGGUGGGUUACUCAUACCCUAAACCAGCCAUACCCUUUGGAUUCUAAACGUCUUCAUCGCUUUGGUUUUAUGUAUUUUCACUAUUUCAUAUAUCUCUCUCUCUAUAUAUACGAGUUUAUACAUAUAUAUAUAUGUUAAAUAUAUGUACAGAAUAUAAACAAAUAAAAAUAUAUAACAACUGAAAUGGAAAACUACUAAUAAAAAUAAAAGUUAUCGUUAAAUUUUAAUUCCAUUGCGAAAUAUAUUUUAUCCAAAACACAACGCAUGUUUGUAAUGAAAAUAAUAAUGAUAAAUAUGUCGGUAUAUUUGGAAGAAAUCUCAUCUUUACUUGUUUACUACAGAGAAGCUAUGUACAUUGUUCAAUAUUUUAUAUGUACGUUAACUUUCAAAGGGUCACUGGUGACAUUUAUAGAAUUAAUUGUCAUAUGAGCUUUUAGUAGUUUUGGCAAAUACUCAUAAGAUCAUAGUUGUUUUAUUAAUUUUGUUGACAUUUUCAGAAGAUAUGUUUGUGAUACAAAUUCAAAGAAAAACUGCAUAUACUUAGGCAUUUCAAAAGGAGUAAUCAUACUUGAUGCUAGUAUACAUUUAGGCUUGUAAAUGUUUCUUGUUUGUGGAUAGGUUUGAAUUGAAUCACUGGAUUAUAUUAAAUACAGUUAAAACUUUUAUAACGAAACUCCAUUUAACGAAAAACUCAAUAUAACCAGAGAAUGUUAGUGGGCUUUUACACACAGACUCUUUUGUAACCCAAACCGGUUUAUUGUGGGCGAGGGGACGACGAGGAAAGACGAAGGGACCGUGCCACUCGUGUUCGGGUGGCACGCUUUGUGUUCUUGUUCGUAACAGCUCGCUGCUACCCUU